AUGACUGACAGUGAAGAUGACUUGCUAUCAAAUAAUGCUUUUAGUGUGCAAAAUGAGGGCACGAUGAUUCAUGCCAGAGGCCCAAAUAAUACAAACUACACAAUGCGCAAUAUUAUGCUCCCCCGAAAUUUUGAGCGUCAAAAGUAUGGAAAUUUUGAUCAACGUAGCUCUUAUUAUAAAAGAGAAACUUCACCGAUGUCCUUGCUAAGUGUGCCAGACUUAAGAGCUCGCAAUUAUUAUCAUAAUUCUUACAAUUAUCGUGGUGCGAGCUAUCAACGAUCUAUUUAUCAUGGCAGAAGUGGUACACCUACCUCAGUAAGAAGCAUAGAUACAAAUGCCAGUCUUAGUGCUACUGAUAUUGCACUCGCAUUAAAAAAUGCAAAAUUUAACCAAAAUGAUAUGCGUAUAAUAAAGGAUGCCUAUAAGAAAUGUUGUAUUGCGAGAUCGCGGAAAAGAAUUGAGAAAAGAUAUAACCGUAGAUUGGGUUUGAAAAGUACACGACGUAAAACUGAUGAUGAUUCAGGGGAACAAGGAAGUGAUUCAUCUAUAAGUAGUGAUGACUGCAGAUCAAUAAGAACUACUAGUUAUAAGGAGAACAUUCCCUAUUAUAAAACAUUUAAUACACAUCGGACAGAUAUUAGAAGAAUUAUAAAUGAAAGUAAUACGUAUAGGGACUGUACAGACAAUAUAAGACAAAAUUAUUUUAGGAAUAUGUUUCCUGUUGGCACAACUGCUUCGCAUAAUGAAAAUCAAGAAAAAGCCCAAAAUACAUCUCUUGAAAAAAGUUAUUUUAUAAAAGAUAGAUUUCAAAAAAAAAUUGUCUUACCUUCUCAAAGAUUUCACAAAUCUGCAAAUGGAGUUAUAUUCCCGGAGGCUUCAAAUUCAGAAAACACAGAUCAAUAUAAAGAAGGCUAUAACUAUGACAAGAAACAAGUAAUGGAGCAAAAAAGAGGAUCAGUAAGCAAUAAAAAUCAAGAAAUAGAAAGUGAAGAAAUAACUGCUACUGAACGUAUUAAUUCUUGUAAUAAAAGAAAUUUGGAUGUAGAUGAUUCACAAGGAAGUGCUAAUAAGAAAUGUAAAGUGUCGAAAUCUAAUGUACCAAAUGAAAGUGUUAAAAAUGUGCAUAAUGGAGUAGAAAUUAAUUUUGUAUUUCCAAAACCAAAGAUGCCUGUAAAAAGAGGAGGAAAUGCAAAAACAAAAUAUUCAAGUCCUGAAAAACUGAUUGCCAAAUCAUCUCAGCCGCUUACUGGUUCUGUGGAACGUAGUACUGAUAAAUUGUCCAUAGCAAAUAAUCAAUUGAUACUAUCGUCUAAUAAACCUCCUAAAGAUAGCGUAAAUUUGGAAAAAGUAUCUGCUAACACAGAAUCCAUACAUAUAAAUCAAUUAAAUGAGGAUAUAUCGAUGAGGCCAAGCUUUAUUAAAAGAAAAUUAUUUACACAAAAACUUGAUGUUGCUGAGAACAAGAACAUUAGUGACACUUCUCAGACAAGUAGUCCCCAAAUGAAAACCAAUGGUUACAAAGAAAGAACAAAAACAAGAAAGCUAGCUACAUCACAAUCAUGUUUAAGCCGUGAUGUACUGGUAGAUGAUAAUAAUCUUUUAGAUCUUAUCCACAAAAUAGUACCAGCAGACCAAAUGAAUGUAACAAAUGCUACUAACAGAACUGGAGGGGUUAACAGAAACAGCCAAGUUGAUCCAGAUGACAAAUGGGAUGUCACCUCAGUUAUUUCUAAUUGCAACGACGAUGAUGUUAGUGACACAUUUACUGAUGAAGAUAUCUUUAAAGUUAAGAAAAAAAGUGAGUCUAAGCCCAAAAACAACUUACAAUUACCAACUCCACUUACAUCUAAUUGUAAAGUUGUGUUAGAAAAACCACCACAAAAUUCUAAAUCAAUACCAUCCAGUAAGCAAAGCAGUGUCGCCAAUACAACUAAAGGUGUCAACAAGGCAAACUUCUGCUUCAAAUUAUUUUGGGAUACUGACUAUGAAAGUGAUUUGGAAAAAUGUGAAUCACAUCGGAAUUUGAAUAAUUGUAAGUCUAAUAUCACAGUUAACAAAGGUAUUAAUCGAAAAUGCAGCGCAUCAGUUACACCCAAAGUUACUGCAAUAGUGAAUAAUAAAUCUCAGAAAGACUUAAAAAACUCAUGUGUCCAUGCAAAACUAAACAAAACACCUAAAAGAAAGAAAAAUGUUGAUCCACCUGACUCUCCACAAAAUACACCUAAUAGUAAUUUAUCAAAUAGAAGUUUAAGAUCCAACAAAAGUACCAAGAAUGCUAAUGAGUCUUCUUUAAAAACCGUUACGUUAAUAGGUCAUAGAUUGGGUAAACCUAAAAGGUUAGUUAAAAAAAAAUGUAUGAACAUAAUUGAAUCCCCAUCACCAAAAGAAAAAGAUGUGUCUUCAUCUGAAUUAAAUAUAUCAAUCAAAAGUUUACGAUCAUGGCAUAAAAAUGACAAGAUAAACGAAACAUUAGUUGCAAAAAGUACUCGUACAAGGAUUAGGUCAGGCUUGAAAAGAAUAUAG